CGCAUUUUCCCUCCCACUCCAGGAGUCCAGGUACUAGAUACUAGUAGUAAGUAAUUAGUAGUACUAGUUAACUGAAGGUCAAAUACAAUUACCAUGCGCAGGAAUAAUACAUUUCCUCGCCGGAAUUCCCAUUUCAUAGUCUUCAGUGUCAAAUGAGGCAUUAUUUGCCUGCUUCUCUCCCUUUGACAUCGUCACCAAUUAUCACCCUUUUAAAAUCUUGCAAAACUCGUCGAUGUUUCGAACAAAUUCACGUUCACAUCAUACAAAAGGGUCUUGAGAAUGAUAACUACUUAAUUUCCAGCUUCAUUUCUCGCUGCACCAUCUCUUUCUCUCUCCUCCGCUACGCUACGUCGGUCUUUUACUCUGUUUCUUACCCCAACACUUGCCUUUGGAACUCUCUUUUAAAGGGUCAUUGUAGUUACUCCUCUCUUAUAUCUUCACUUUCGGUUUUUUCCGCCAUGAGAGUUUCUUAUGGUGCUCCAGAUAUGUAUACUUUUCCGCCAUUGAUCAAGUGUUGUUCUAAUGAGUUGGCUGUUUCUGCUGGGCUGGGGAUUCAUGGGUUGUUGAUUAAGUAUGCAGUUGAGGAUGAUGUGUUUGUGGGUACGACUUUGGUUGAUUUUUAUGGGAAAUGUGAGUUAAUUGGGAAUGCUCGGAAGGUGUUCGAUGAAAUGUCUGUGAGAAAUGUUGUUUCUUGGACUGCUAUAGUUGUUGGUUAUGUUAGAUUUGGGGACCUGGUAAAUGCACGGAUAAUGUUUGAUGCAAUGCCCAAGAGAAAUCAGGUGUCUUAUAAUGCUAUGAUAUGUGGGUAUGCAAAACUCGGGGAGUUGGUUAGUGCUAGGACGUUAUUUGAUCAAUUGCCUAACAAGAAUGUUGUUUCGUACACGACAAUGAUUGAUGGGUAUGCUAAAUGUGGUGACAUGGCCUCGGCGAGGUUUUUGUUUGAGGAGUGUUUGGAGAAGGAUCUUGUCCUUUGGUCUGCUUUGAUAACAGGGUAUGCACAGAAUGGGCUACCUAAUGACGCUGUGAAGUCUUUUCAGGAGAUGCUGUUGAGCAAUACUAGUCCAGAUGAAUAUAUAAUGGUGAGCGUGAUGUCAGCUUGCGCGCAAAUAGGUUCUUUGGAUCUUGCUAAUGAAGUGGAUGCAUACAUGAGCAGGAGUUUUUUGUAUCUCCAUCAUACUCAUGUUGUUGCAGCAUUGGUAGAUAUGAAUGCUAAAUGUGGUCGCAUGGAGAGAGCCAUGAGUUUGUUUAGCAAUAUUCCUAAACGGGAUUUAGUCUCAUACUGCUCAAUGAUUCAAGGCUUUGCUAUUCAUGGUCAAGGAGUCGAUGCUGUUAAACUAUUUUAUAACAUGCUUUCUGAAGGGAUAAUGCCUGAUGCUGUGGCCUUUACUGUCAUUUUGACGGCCUGCAGUCGCUGUGCACUGGUGGAGGAAGGUUACCGCUUCUUUGAUAUGAUGAGUAGAUAUUCGAUUACCCCCUCUUCUGACCAUUAUGCCUGCAUGAUUGAUCUUCUAGGUCGUUCUGGCAACUUAGAAGCAGCCUAUCAUCUUUUAAAAUCAUUGCCAGUUGAGGCCCAUGCUGAAGCGUGGGGAGCGCUUCUUGGGGCAUCUAGAUUGCAUUGUAAUACUGAGUUGGCUGAGGUAGUAGCCAACCGACUAGUUGAACUUGAGCCACAUAAUGCGGGAAAUUUCGUUUUGUUGUCUAACAUCUAUGCAGCAGCAGAUCGUUGGUUGGAUGUAUCUAUUGUAAGAAACCAGAUGGUCGGUCAGGGACUUAGGAAAAUUCCUGGUCGCAGUUGGUGUUAGGUGAAGAGGCAAAUGGUAAGCUGUUACUCCUUAAACCUUGGGUUCUUGUUGGGCUAAAGGUCAAUAUUAUCCGAAUUCUGAGUUCUGCAUCAAAGAUUCUUUCUCAUGACAGUACUACACUAAUCACUUCUAUUGAGAGCAUUAUUGCUCCUUUCUCCAAAGUGGUCACUCAUGGAUCUUCCACAAAGAAUUUUCUGUGGCAUAGGGGUAUGUUGAACCUCCCAAGACCCUGGCAAGCCAGGAGCAUUGUCACUAGCUUUCUUCAUACUCUGUAGAGCAUAAGCCCUGCUGCACGGAAGACAUCCUGGAGCUUAUAGUGAGACAGUUGCACGUGGAUAGUGGAUAUCACCAUAUGUGCUAAGAUACUUUUUUCUCAUUGCAGAACAAGAGAAAUGAUUACUGGAGUCUCCCAACUGAAGCAAGUAUAAAUUAGCCUUUUGUCUACAAGCACUCUCUUUCACAUGCAUCCAUUGUUUCAAUUCACUAAUCCAGAUUUUCUCUGGAGUUUGCAAAGAGACAUAUGUGAAAGAGUUUGAAAUCAUGAUUGAAUAUCCUCUAAGGCAGCUAUAGAGGUCUAAGUAAACCUCAAAGCAGGGUGAAUCUUUCUACUCGUGAAGUUGUAAAUGAUAUGAAACUCACCAAGUCCAUGCAAUGGCUAUUGUGAUAUACUGAUACCUGUAAAUCUUUGUAAUCAGUUUCUGUAUAUAUGCUCUUACGGGUGAAAUGUAAACUAAAAUUGUGACAUGCUGUAAACUAAAACUUAAGAUUAUUAUUGUUGUAGUUGUAUCCACAAAAGCACCGUGUUCAUAAUGUUGGGUGAAUAAAUCACCGGUGAUACAUCAUGUUAUUGCAUUUGUAGUGAGAUAUUUAAUCCACUCUAUGGUUUUCAGGCGACAAA